AUGGGUACGCUCGUACGCAAACAGGAAUUGAGGCAUUUCAAUCAUAGUUUUCUUCGCCCUUUUCUACGAGCAUAUGGGCUUGGGUUUCUGUCCUAUCUGAGUCCUCGACUUUUUAGUCUUCUGCUAUCAAAGGCAAGGAGGAGACGCAGCAACAAACAGAGCCGUGCCCUUGUGCCCGCAGUUCUAGACAUUUUCAAGAAAUCUCUCGAACUUCAUCGAUUUCCUGCGUUCUGUGGUGUCACAAUCGGCGGAUGGCACGUUUUGCAACCACUUUUUGACAAAUUAUUAGGGCACAUCCCCGAAUCGUCGGGUGUAGGACGAUACGUCAAUUACCACAGGAGCAGAAUUGCAACCUUUUUAGCGUCCUCUACAUCAGCUGCUGGGGCUAUACAGCUGUUGAACACUUGCAAAAAAUCACAUGAUGCAGGAAGGACAUUAGACCUUACUUUUUUUGCUGUCUCUAAAGCCCUUGAUGUAAUAGUCGGAGAGCUAUGGGCUAGGAGAAAGGCUCGCAGAGCUAGCUCUGGAAAAUUUACAAAUUUUGAAACAAAAAUAGGAAACGCUGCAGAUGCAGUGGUAUUUGCUGCGAGUGCUGCAGCCAUCACGUUUUCAUGGUUCUAUCUUCCAGAUAGGCUUCCCGUGUCCUAUAACAAAUGGAUUACCGAUAUAGUAGAUGCAGAUAGUCGUCUGUUGGAAACAUUACGCCGUAUAAGGGCUGGAGUCUUUGUAUAUGGCAAAGACACAGGACAAGCACCAUUGCUACAAUCGAUGUGUGAGGAUUUAGGGCUACCCAAGGUGUGGGGAGACCCUGCUUUGACGAAACCAAUACCUUGCGAUAUAGUCCAUGGGGGUUACUCACCUAGCUGUGAAGCUCAUGCCAUAUACAGAUUUUGGAAUGCAUGGAAAGCAGGGUUUUUGAUGUACCUGGGGUUAAAUUUCCUUGUCAGGAUACGAAAUCCCAGUACCAAAGCAUUGCUGAAGGCCCUUGCAGAUUCCGCUAAAUCAGCUGCGUUUCUUGGAACAUUUGUCGGGAGCUUUUGGUACGCGAUUUGCCUAACGCGGACUAGACUAGGGCCUUAUGUUCUCCCAUGGAUUGAUCAGAUACACCUUGAUAACUACUGUGUGAGAGUGGGAAGUCUGGCAUGUGGCUGGAGCAUCUUAAUAGAGCCUGUUCACCGUCGAACAGAGAUUGCCUUUUUUAUGGCACCCAAAGCUCUUGCGACUUUGUUCCCUCGCAAAUAUAAUAGAGAAUAUCUUUGGAUAGAAACCUUGAUUUUUGCGUUGAGUAGUGGGGUGGUUUAUACAACCCUGAAAGAGAAUCCAGAAAGGGUGAGGGGCGUUUUUGGGAAGUUAUUAAGGAGAGUGGUGGCAUAG